AUGCACCAUCCGCAAGAAACGCUCCUUAUCGAUUGUGCUAAGCCGUCUUACUCCCACCUCACCAAGUACCGUUUCGAUAACCUGACACAUGAACAGUCGCGUUUCGCCAACAAACCGCUGAAAAGUGUGAUGAGAAUCUUGGCGGGAUGUUCGGCCGUCCUUUUUCUUGUCACCAUCUUUUUUCUUGGCAUUCAUGGACAAACGGCGGUGGUAAGUUGUUUCGAUUUAUUGCGAAAUGUUUCAUAAUUAUUCGUUUUCAGCCUAGUUACAAGCCGAUCGUGCCUGGUUCUACGGUAGUCAUGAAAACUAUUGAAACUGCACCGGUUAGUCUUUGAAUUUUGCGUAAAAAUGUGUGAAUAACGUUUUCAGCCUCUACCCACAGAACGUGUGACAACGAGAAGAACUGUAAGUUGUAAAAGUUUCAGUAAAUUAUGGAAACAAUGCAAAAAAGUUAUUCACGUAUCUAUCCAGUUGGUAAAUUCAAAAAAUCACAUUUCAAACAGUUAGUUUGUAAAAUGUGAAUGGUAUGUCAAAUUUUAGAGUUUACACUAAUUCAGCCAACUCUAUCUCACCUCAAAAAACGUUUAUUCUCAAAUAAUUGUGGAGUAGCAGAAAAAAGUAUAUAUGUACGAACAAUUUCACGAUUCAUAAUUUUUCUGAACUCAGUUUCAGUCGUAUGUAGAGACAACCUUAGUUUUGACUCAUUUUUGUAAAACUGGCAAGUUUAUGUAGAAGAUCACACUAUCAGUGGCAAAUUUCUCAAGUUAUGUGAAAACAUGUACAAAAUAACAUCUUGGAACCCCCUUGUCUUAACAAGUUCUGUUUCAGGUUGGCAAAGAAUGUGUCCUGAACGCGAGAGCUACUCCAAUCAACCUGAAACAGUUCACCGGCAACAUUUCUGACGCUUGCUUACGUAAUGUUUUCUUCUCUUUCCUUCCUUCUCCCUCCACUUCUUUUCCCAACUGAUAAUAGAUAAUAUCAUCAAUUAUUUUUCGCAUGACAUCAUUUCUAGAACUUGCACAAUAGAGAGUAGAGUGCCAACUCGCACGCACCUUUCGAAAAUGAUGAUGUUAGUGCUAAAAUCUGAUGAUAAUCGGAUUGGGUGUGCCCUGAACUGCUCUAACUGCUCUUCCUCCCUUGCUUUGCCCGUCCUUCUACUGAUGUUGGGUCUUUUAUUUCAGCGGGCACCACCUCGAAGAAUUGUAUGACGUGGCGAAUGACGAACGCGGUCAUUCUCAAGUACGCCGAUGAUGUCGACACCAAUUGUCCGUCCGUUGUGGAAUUCGUGAAUGAAGUGAGGAGGAGAAAUGGGAAAAGAGAAAAGGAGAUUAGCAAAAGUGGCCGGUGACCGCAUUUGUGCACCGAAUACUAGAAAAACUAGACCGCUUUAGUCCGGGGCAGCAAAUAAGAAAAAAAAAGUGCUUCCCCAAAACUAUCAACCGCCUAUUGGAGCUGAUUUAAAAAAUAUCACUAAGUUCAGAAAAGUACUUCAAAAUUGUCAGUCAAUUAAAGAAAAGUAACUAGAGAAACACAAGUAUAUAUAACAUUUCAGACAACGAGAGCAUGCACAGUAAAAAGUCAAAUCCAGUACUUGUUUCCGAGAACCGACAAUCCUCUACUGGACUGCAACCACAUUUACAAUGUGACAAGAACAUUUCUCAAUUUCGUCGCAACUGAAAAAUGUUAUUCCAGUUCAACUCUUUCGCCCUCCGUCGCGCCAUGAGCGGAUUCAACUACAGCAGAACUCUGAUUCCAGACAGCAUGUACAAUCAGCCAGGAUUGGCUAUGUUUGCAUUCAUGGAGAAUAUUGUGAGUUUACCUACCUGAUGCUUCACUUUCACAACGAUGUUCUAGAUGAAUUGUGUGAACAAAAACCCGAUAACAAGUACCGAUGCGGCGGUUUUGAACAUUUUCACGGAUUUGACUUAUAUUGAUCUCUGUGAAAGUGAUGUGUUCAUGGCAAAUUUUCCGGACAUGCUCAACAAAUUAAUCGAUGCUGGUUAUAUUGUCAAAUUCUUUUUUCUCAAUCAAAACCUUCAGGAUACACAGAGUGAGUUGCCCAAAAUCAGUUUAUAUGUAUUAAUAAAUUUUGUUUCAGAAAACGUGGAAAACGUGUUGAACGGGUGUAAAUACCGUAAUUCCAAGACUUAUUGCGAAAUUGUGGACUCUAACAGUCAAUUUGAGGAUCCUGAUGACUUUUCCAUUUGUCUGGACUCAACUCCCGCUAAGAAAGAGUCGGAUGACUUUAACUGGCGUAAGAACAACUAAAAAUGGGAAAAAGUAUCGAACCGCUUAUUUUAGACAUUACAGAACUGUUACUGAUCAUUGGAAUCCCGUGCGUCAGUUUGACAGUAUGUUGCAUCGGAUUCUUCAUUUGCUUUUUGAAGUGUGCUCAACUGAAAAUGCACAUGAUGAGAAUGAGACUUUUUGGAAAUGACAGUCCGAAAACACCAGAGGAAAUGGAAUUGAAGAAAAAAUGGUUUGCCAACAGACGUGGAAUAAUGAAGGAUUUGGAGAAAUGCAAGGAUUUGUUAGUUUUUGAAAAUGUUAUUUUCAAAUUAUAGUAUAAAUCUGUUUUUCCAGAGAUCCACCGACUUGGUCACAUUUUGCGUCGGCUAAUAACUAUAUGGAUAUUCAGGCACUUGCCAGUGCUAACAAGUGGGUUCAUAUCCAGAUUUCAACAUUGAAAAGUAAAUUUUUCAGAAAAGACGUGUGGGAAAUCGACACAAAAAACCUGCUGAUCCAGGAAGAUCAUCUUCUGGGGAAUGGUGCCUUUGCAAAUGUGUUCAAAGGAAUCGUGAAAGGCAAAAUCCCAUUGCUAAUCGUCAAUAACAGUCUGAAUCUCAUUGUCGAGUCCGAGAAUAACGGGCACUUUGAAGCGGCCGUCAAAAAACUCCCGGCUCAUGCCGAUGAGCAGAACCAUCUAGACUUCUUCCAUGAAAUUGAUUUUAUGAAGCGAUUGGGCCACCAUCCACAUGUUAUCAGCAUGCUCGGCUGUGUAUCAAACCCAUUUGAACCGCUUAUUGUCGUCGAGUACUGUUCCCGAGGCGAUUUGUUGAAAUUUUUGAGGAGACACAAGGAUUAUGUGUUGUUGGUGAGUUGGGAGAGGGGAAAAGGACACGAGAUGACCUUUCGGGAUUAAGUAGAGAUGUAGAGUUCUUAUGAAAGGUCAAUUUCGGAACAGUCUAGUCAUUCGUAAACUAUGGAAACUCUGGAAACAGGUAAACAAAUGGUAUUUAGUCAGUUUUGAUCGAAUCGGAUUUGAUCGGUUAGCAAAUAUAUUGUAGAUAUUGUGAAAACUACUAGAAAUCAUCAAAAUCAUCUCGUUCCAGAACAAAACCGACGACUGCCCGGUGGAAGCGGACAUGUGCCUUAGAAUCAAAGACCUGGUAUCGAUUGCCUGGCAAGUGGCGGAUGGAAUGGCUUAUUUGACAUCCAAAAACUUUAUCCACCGAGAUUUGGCGGCCAGAAACGUUCUUCUGACUAAAAGUCUGACUGCAAAAGUAAGUCACUUGACCCAUUUCUCUUCAAACCCUGCGUGCCUUCAUCUGUUUCCAGAUCAGUGACUUUGGCCUCUGCCGCUACAUGGAUUCCGCAUUAUACACAGCAAAAGGCGGCCGACUUCCGAUCAAAUGGAUGUCUAUCGAGGCGUUGAAACUAUACGAAUUCUCGUCGAAAAGUGAUGUUUGGUCGUUCGGCGUCUUGUUGUUCGAGAUUUUCUCCAUGGGCGACGUACCGUAUCCAACUGUUCAGCAAGUAGAUAUGCUUGAACAUCUAAUGGCCGGUGGACGACUAUCUCAACCUAUCAAGUGUCCGAAUGAGAUGUAAGAUAGAUGAAAACAUGAAAAGUUGAUAGAAAGUUGAAUUUCAGCUACAACAUUAUGAUGAAAUGUUGGGCUGACAAGCCAGAAGAUCGUCCAGAGUUCAAUGAAAUGAGGGGAGAGAUUACUGUAAUGUUGAAUUUGGACGAUGAAAGUUAUGGAUACCUCAGUGUUCAGUCAGAUGACGGGCUGCCAAAGUACACGUCACUGACGAUGCAAAAUUCAAAGGUACAGUACACUAGAGUUCUAAAACCAAAACAUUUGUCAUUAUUCAGGAAACCGCUCCUUGCUCAAGCGCAGGCGGCUCUCAAGAAAUCGACGAGGACGGUGACUACGACAGCGGCUCAGAAAUACACGAGCAGACAACUUGUGCUCAACUCGACCGUGUGCUCAACGAACGUUUCGGGGAGGAAACCGGUCAGGAGAUCAAACAGAUUUUCUGUGAAAUCAAGGAGAAAGCACGAGACAUCAAACGAGUCAAAUCCACGAAUUCUUCCAGUACCAAUAACACCAGUCGAUCAUAA